AUUAAAAUUGAAGUACUAUAACUUAAUGAUUCAGCUGGACCAGCACGAGGGGUCCUAUCUGUCGAUUUGUAAACACUACAGAGCCAUCUAUGACACGCCCUGCAUUCAGGCAGAGAGUGAGAAGUGGCAGCAGGCUCUGAAAAGCGUUGUUCUGUAUGUCAUCCUGGCUCCUUUUGACAAUGAGCAGUCAGAUUUGGUUCACCGGAUAAGUAGUGACAAGAAGCUGGAAGAAAUUCCCAAAUACAAGGAUCUACUGAAGCUUUUUACCACAAUGGAGCUGAUGCGCUGGUCCACGCUGGUCGAGGACUAUGGGGUGGAGCUACGGAAGGGUUCUCCUGAGACCCCGGCAACUGACGUUUUCAGCUCUACAGAAGAAGGUGAAAAAAGGUGGAAAGACUUGAAGAACAGAGUCGUGGAACAUAACAUCAGGAUUAUGGCCAAGUACUACACUCGGAUAACAAUGAAAAGGAUGGCACAGCUUCUGGACCUCUCUGUGGAUGAGUCAGAGGCGUUCCUCUCGAAUCUAGUCGUUAACAAGACCAUCUUUGCUAAAGUAGACAGGUUGGCUGGAGUCAUCAACUUCCAGAGACCCAAGGAUCCAAAUAAUUUAUUAAAUGACUGGUCUCAGAAACUGAACUCGCUGAUGUCUCUGGUUAACAAAACGACACACCUCAUAGCCAAGGAGGAGAUGAUACACAACCUACAGUGAGGCCGGAUGCUUUUAGAAAAGACACAGUUGGGGUCAUUAAAAAGAA